AUGUCCGUGCCGGCGAUAGCCGUGUACACCAGCCCGCCGGGCGCCGCCGUCCACGCGCCGCCGGAGCACGAGUACAGCUCGCGCGGCUCGGCGCCGUGCGCGGCCGCGGCGACCCCGUCGGCGGCGCCGAGCUCCCACCGCCACGCGGCGGCCGUCGCGGGCGGCCUGUCCUGCCUGUUCUCGUCCCCGUCCGCGGCCCCGCGGGCGACGGCGCACGAGGAGCUCGGCGCGCUCUUGCACGACAGAUCCGACGAUCCGCCCGCCGUCGUCGCCGGGGGCUUCGGCGGCGGGGACUACUCGUACCCCCAGUCGUCGUCGUCGCUGUCGCCGUUCAAGCUGCGGGACCACCUCCACCGCAGCUGCGGGUUCCACAGCACCUCCACCUCCUCGCAGCCCGGUGUCGUCGUUCCUCACCGCCGCGAGCCGACUGGCUCUUCUCCAGCCGGCGUCCAGGAGACUUCGCCCGUCGGUUUCCUGGGUGUGCGGCUCACCGGCGACGCCGCCGAGCUGGCCUUCGACUGGCUCUUCUCCAGCUUCGUGCGUGGUGCUCAAACGCGCUUCCAGGCUCCUGCAUUGACUUCGCGUCAAGGCCUCUUCGAGGCCGAGCAGCUUGUGGCCAGGCUGAAUCUUCGUUGUGCGGAAGCGGCAGCCUCCAGCUCCAUUCAAGCUGACACACUCGGCGGCAGGGAUGAUCUUGGCGCCUAUCCAACGACGCUGGAGCUGCCACAACCGAUGCCAUUGAUUCGGAUGGAUGGAGUCUUCAGAGACAGGCAGACAGCAUGGUAG